ACUUAUUUUUUCUAAAAUAAGUUGAACUAAACAAGGCCAUAAUGUAUUGUAAUUCACUUAACUUUAGGUAUACUCGGGUGAUCAAAGCUUAGCGGGCAUAACUAAACCACGCUAAAAAAAAAAAAAAAAAUCUACAUCAACCUAGUUUUACCAGAAAUGGUAAGAUGACACAACCCCUUUAUUCUCCACAGUCAAAAUUUGACUAAUUUCCACCACCAUUAAUGGCGACCUCGAGGCUCAUCUCCGGCCACCUCCGCCGCACUCAUUUCUCUCUCCUCCGCCCAUUCCUACUUUCUCUCUCCUCUUCCCCAAACCCUUCACCGCCAUUACCGACCACCUUCGAUCACAUUUCUUCCUUAUUUUCCCCAUCCACGACGUCGUUCCGCUACUUCUCCUCUCGACCUUCUGACUUGGACUUCACUCACCAGCUCAACUCGGUCACUGAAUCGGAGCUUCGUAGAUUAGGGUUUAUCGACGGUUCUCAUAUUUCUGAUGUUGUUAAUCGCCUUCUAGAUGAUUCUGCUCUUCCGAUUCGUUAUUUUGUCUCUGUGCUUGAUGGUUUCCAUGACCUUACUGGUCUUCCUUGGUGGAUAGUAAUUGCAUCAUCAACUGUGGCUAUGAGGAUUACAUUAUUUCCAUGGAUAGUGUUGCAGCUUCACAAGAUGAAGCAGAUUGGCGAGAUGCUCCCGAAAUUGCCUCGUCCAAUCCCGCUACCUUUCUCGGGAAGAAGUUAUGUGGAUCAGUUCUCUCAUUUUCGGAGGGAAAGACAAGCGCUAGGGUGUCCUACGUAUUUGUGGUUUCUGGCAUCGUUUACAGUCCAGCUCCCAUGCUUCAUCUUAUGGAUGGCUAGUAUCCGGAGAAUGUCACUGGAUCAGUAUCCAGGAUUUGAUACUGAAGGAAUCUUAUGGUUUCAGAAUUUGACUGAAGUACCAAAUGGUCCUUUUGGGCCCAUCUUACCUCUACUUAUAGCUGGUUUGCAUUUUUGUAAUAUCCAGAUAAAUUUUAGGUCUUCUUUUGCUUCAGAAGAAAAAGGAUUGCUUCAGUCGUUAGCCAAAUUGUACAAGAGGUAUUUGGAAGUUCUAACAUUACCGAUGCUAUUUGUUGGAUUUCAUAUGCCCCAGGGAAGUCUUGUCUAUUGGGUGACCAACAGUUCUCUAAGCCUUAUUCAGAACCUUUGUCUGCAAAACCCUACUAUUCGCCAAAGGUUGGGUGCACCCUUACCCAGCAAGGGUGAAAAUGUGGAUGUUGAUCAUGAAAAGAAUGUAAGCGGAUCUGCACUUCUGGAUGCUUUAAAAGAACAUGGACAUGUCUCUGCUUUCAACUUAUCCUCUGAACAACUGGUUAAUCUUUCAGUUUCCUACUUGUGUGCGGGAAGAGUCAAUAGAGCACUUCCGUUGCUGAGACUGGCACUUGACAAGGAUCCUGAGUGUUAUUCAGCUUUGACUGUAAUGGGACAGACUAUGCUACAGCUGAAAGACUAUGAAAAUGCUGCUGAGUAUUUAGAAUCUGCUAUUUCAAAGAUCUCUCUUGCGAAACCAACUGAUGCUGAGUCGAUCGAUUUUCUCAUUCAAGCAUCUAUGUCAGCCGCCGCUGCUUAUUAUCGGCAGGGGAAAGUAGCUGAGUCUUUUGCCCACUUUGAAAGAAUGAAGGACAUUGAAGUGCCAGAAGAGGCUGUUGUUGUAAAGGAGCGUUAUUAUGAGGGAAUAAUGUGUUUUGCCAGUUUCUUACUCAAUGAAGGUCAUAAAGAGGAAUCUGCAAAAUAUUUGCGCAUGGCCUGUGCCUAUGAUUCUAAAUAUAGUUUUUAUUUGGAGAAGUUGGAAAAAGAUAUCAAUAAAGGUGAUAAUUUUGUUGCUGACCUUUCCGACAGCCGGAGAGCUGACUAUUGAACCUACGAGAAGGAUACAAAAUUUUGUUGUACAUUUUUUUCCUUAAUUCUUUGAAUUUUACCAUGGGAGCAAUAUCGCAGUUUUGAACUUGUAUAUACAUGUAAGUUAUUUUUAAGAAAUGUGAUAGGUAGGCACAGAAUGACAAUAAAGUCUGAGAUAAAUAACAGCAACAUGUAAUUCUUUUAUAUCAAUUAUACAUAAUGCAUUUUGUGAUUUAUCUUA